AUGGGUUACUACGUAAGUCAAAAACCGGAAAAAAUAGAGGCCCUUGGACGAAAUCCUCUCCUGAAUAUGAUAUACAUGUUUUCUGGAAUAAUGGACCUCUUCUCAGCCGUCAUAAUACACUUUAUGAAUUUUUGGGGAAGUGAAAAAGUUCAGGAGAUCGCCAACGAACUGUUAACCCUUGAGUAUCAGGAUUUUUCUGGUAGAAAUAGUCCUAAAUUUAACCGUUAUGUUAUACAAAAGUCAUUAAUUGUGAUGGGACAACUACUAUCCGUGUUGGUUGUGAAUUAUGGAAUGCCUGGAAAUAGACCCUCCACCUUCCUAAUGAUCUUUACAUGCGUGAUUCAGGUGGGCAUUAAUCUUAAUAGCAUACACUAUUAUGCCGGAGUGCUUUUCAUCUAUCGCUAUAUGUCGACAAUCAACGAUAAGCUCCAAGACCUAGCUGACCUAUUCAAAGUGAGUUCCCUGGAUAACUCCCCAAGAAUUCGCGAAUUGGUCUCGUUGUAUAAACGGCUUCUGGAGUUAAAUAAGAAAUUAAUAUCGGCCUACGAAUUGCAGAUGACUCUCAUGCUAACAGCCUUUAUUGUGCUGGCACAAUUUCUAUCAGUGUUGGUUUUGUAUUAUACCAUGCCUCAAAAUGGGCCCUCCACCUUCCUAGUGAUAUUCUUUUGCGUGAUAGAGAUGGUCAUGAAUCUGAAUAACAUGCACUAUUACACCGGGGUGCUUUUCAUCUACCGCUAUGUGUGGUCAAUUAAUGGACAACUCCAAGACCAAGCUGAUCAAUUGAAAGAUAAUCCCCUGGAAAACUCCUCAAGAAUUCGCGAAUUACUCUGUUUGUACGAACGGCUUUUGGAGCUAAGUAGGAAAUUAGUAGCGGCCUACGAAUUGCCGAUGACUCUUAUGCUAACGGUUGGAUUACUAGGCAAUAUUGUGAUUAUAUAUUUCCUAAUUGUAUUUAAAAUCAGCAUGGGUGAGACUUCCAUCUUUCUGAUGGUUUUCCCACACUCUUUACUUAUUAAUAUGUAUGAUUUCUGGCUUAACAUCGUGGUAUGCGAACUCACGGAAAAUGCUGGGAGAAAAACAUCAUCUGUCCUAAAACUUUUUUCUACUCUUGAGCAGGAAGAUGUCGAGCUAGAGAGAAGUUUAAAUGAAUUUGCUUGGUUGUGCAGUCACCGCAAGUUCCGGUUUCAGCUGAAUGGACUUUUUUCGAUAAAUUAUAAAAUGGGUUUCCAAAUGAUCGUAACCAGUUUUCUUUAUUUGAUAUAUUUAGUUCAGUUUGACUACAUGAAUUUGUAA